AUGGAAGAGAUAAUAAAGUUUUUAGAAGAUGAAGGUUUUGAAUUUGAGGUUGGAUGUAGAGAGAAAGAAAGAAAAAAAAUAUGAGUGAAGCAAUGAAAAAAUUAAAAGAGAGUAAUGAUGAGAAAAAGAUUGAAUUAGCAGAAAAAUUAGCUAGACAUUAUGAAAUUUAUGAUCUCAUUGAAAAAUUACCAACAAAACCUGAUUAUGGGUCAUAUUAUCUUUCCUCUUAUUUAGAGGGUAUUCUUGUUACAGCUAAGAGGGGUAUUGCUGGUGUUAUUAUUGCUCUUGGAAAUGACGAGGAAUUAGAUCCUUUUACUAAAUAUCUUAUGUUUACUCAUAUGUAUACCCCGGAGCAAGUAAAAGAAAUAGGUCAUGAAGAAAUAUAUAGAAGGCAACAAAAGUUUAAAGAAGAUGAAUUACCACCUGAUGUUAGUUACCAUGAAGAUGAUGGUACUAAUGGAAAAGAUUACGAAAUUUCUGGUUUUGGUUGGGAGGAAGAUGGAAGAGGUCAUAUUACUGUUUCUGAGAAACAUGAAAACGAGAAUGAUAUUUUUGAAGAAGUAAAUAUUCCUGUUCCUUUAAUUUUAGAUGAGGAUUGGUUAAGAAAAAAUAAGGGAAUAUAA